GUAUCCGCCCCCCUCGCUCUAACUGUCCAGCAGGGGGUCGGCUCUACCGAGGCACUUCAGUCACCGCCCGACUACAGACUCUCACGGGAGGGAAGGGGUGGUGGCUCCAUCCCACUCAGACAUCAGUAAACACAUGCACGUGCCCCGCACAGGCAUCACAUGACCCCCUGCCUGGCAUGUGACCCUCAGCCCAAGCAUGUGAUACCAGGAGCCUGGGAUCGGCUACAUUGCACUUGAGCUGAGCAUUUACAGGUCAGAGUCCUGUUGGCACAGGAUAGUGGCGGAAUGGAGCUCAGCUGGAGAGAUCUGGGGAGAGAGGAGCUAGAACACCAGUACUCCCCCAGCCAAUGGUCGCCGCGUAUGGACAAGGAUGCUGUGAUAAAAGCCCAUGUCAAAGAGACCACAGAAGGAACAAGAAUAUCCCGUUCAGUGGCAAAGACAAUACUGAACAUUCAGUAUGGGGAAAGAGAAAGUGAGAAAUUGGACUUGUACCUACCCCAAGGGUCUUCUACAGGUUUCCCUCUUUUAGUCUACAUCCAUGGAGGAUACUGGCAAUUUUUAAGUAAAGAGGAAUCUGGCUUCAUGGUGCCUCCAUUGGUGCGUCAUGGUAUUGGAGUAAUGGUGAUGGAUUAUGAUAUUGCUCCCCAAGGUCACAUGGAUCUCAUUGUAUCUCAAGUCAGACGCAGCAUCGCAGUAACAAUACAACGGUAUCCACAAAUCACUGGGGUAUACUUGUGUGGCCACUCUGCAGGAGCUCAUCUAGUUGCAAUGACACUGUGCACCAAGUGGUCAGAGUAUGUGGCAACUCCUGACAUUAAAGGAGCUAUACUUGUCAGUGGAGUGUUUGAUCUUCUCCCCAUCAUCCACACGUAUGUCAACGAUGCAUUGAAGAUGUCAGAGAUGGAAGCUGAGAGAAACAGCCCAAUGCGAUGUUUGACGCAGAUGGAAAGCCACAUAAGAACCUGCCAGAUAGAAGUUGUUGUUGCUGAACAUGAUUCUCCAGAAUUCCACAGACAGUCCCAAGAGUACUUUCAGAGUCUGCAGGCACUGGGGGUCAGCGCAACAUUUACGCAGAUCAAUGGCACUGAUCAUUUUGAUGUUAUUGAGCAGCUACAUGAUGAAAAGUAUAUGCUAACUCAGAUGAUUCUAGAUAUGAUCAAGAAGACUUAGACAUGAUCAGCUGUUUGAGAAUUCCAAAGACAAGCUGCAGAUUUCAGAGGCAUUGUGGAGAAUUUUUUGUCCUGCAACACGAAUUACAAUAGCUGAAAAUGGCACAUCAUGAACUCUGAUUCUAUGUGAACUUUAAAUAAAUAUUACAGCAUACCCUGCUCAAAGGAUCAAGAGGUAGCAUUUUGCUGACUUUAUACCUAUAAUGAAUAUAUAUUUUAACUGCAA